AGAAGACAAGACAAUUCUCCAGAAAUCAACGGAAGUAAGGAGAUCAAGCACAUCCCAGGAACGAUGACGAGCUCUUUAGAGAGCGUUGCGGGUCUCACGGAUCAAAAAUUGAAGAUCGAGCAGUACAAAGCAGCUUUGGCGAAGGUCCUUGACAGCGGCAGCGCGCAACAAUGCAAAGAUUUCUUAGAACACAUGCUCUCGGACGCAGUUCCUCUUGUUGUCAGCAGACAGCUCCUGCAACAAUUCACACAGGACAUUAAGCAGAAACUUCCGCAUGAUGUCCACAAAGAAGUAGCCACAUUUGCACUGGAUGCCCUGCAGCCGCGAGUGGUCAGCUAUGAGGAACAGGUGACAGCCAUCAGGGAGCAGCUGGCAGAGCUACUAGAAGAUGAGGAGGACUGGGCCAAAGCAGCAAAGGUCUUGGCAGGCAUCGAUCUUGACUCAGGCAUGCGAGUUCUGGACGACGAGUACAAACUGCGGCAGAACAUCAAGAUAGCCAUGCUCUACUUGGAGGAUGACGAUGCGGUCAGCGCUGAGAUCUUCAUUAAGAAGGCCGCCACGCUCAUCGCCAGCUGCAAGGUCUCUGAGCUGGAGUUGAAGUACAAGAGCUGCUAUGCGCGCAUUCUGGACGCCAAACGCAGGUUCCUGGAAGCUGCCACCAGGUACUAUGACCUGUCCCAGGUCAGCAGCAGCGACACCGACGCUGGCAUCAAGGUUGGGGAGGACGAGCUGGAUCAGGCGCUGACAGCGGCAGUGACGUGCUGCAUACUGGCGGCGGCUGGGCCGCAGCGCUCGCGAGUGCUGGCCAACCUGUACAAGGACGAGCGCUGCGCGCGGCUCCCCGUCUUCUCCUUCCUCGAAAAAGUCUACCUCGAGCGCAUCCUGCGCCACCAGGAGGUGGAGGCGUUUGCGGAGGGGUUGCAGGCGCACCAGAAGGCGGUGACGGCGGACGGCACGACGGUGCUGGAGCGCGCUGUGGUCGAGCACAACCUGGCGGCCGCAUCGCGCCUCUACACCAACAUCUUCUUCGCCGAGCUCGGCCAGCUGCUGGGCGUGCCCCCGGCCUCCGCAGAAAAAGUCGCCUCGCGCAUGAUCACCGAGGGCCGCCUGCAGGGGUCAAUCGAUCAGGUGGAUGGGCUGCUGCACUUUGAUUCUGACACAGAGGGGCUGAAGCAGUGGGACGAGCAGAUCGCCUCAGUCUGCAACCAGCUGAACAGCAUCCUCGACUCGGCUGCUGACCGCGGCUUGCCUGUCUUUGUGUAG